AUGAUGAUGUCUGCUUCUUCAACUCAAGCGACACCCACAUCUAGCCCCACGGGUUCAGUUGGAAGUUUCAACAAUUUCAGCGAAGGCGGCAAUAAUUACAUGGCCAGUUGCAGUAAUAGCAGACACUAUUAUAUGUAUCGACUGGCGUUGAAACAAACUACACCCGCGUCAUCUGAGAUCAACACCAACAAGACAAAUGCGAGCUAUAACAACCGCCCCAGUCGAAAACCAAGUGAUAGUCCACAGGUAUCGGAAAAGUACACAAGUUUUCACAAGAGAGGAGGACUACCCUUACCGCAUCGGAGGCAACUGAACAACAAGAACAAUCCUGCAAAAGGAUCAACUCCAACCAGCGGUGGUGGCGAUGAUGAUACGUUUCUAUCGCAAUAUAUUAAAUCAUUGGAAAUUCAAACGACUUUGAAUGAUCAUCAACUAUAUUUCAAAGCCCUUGAAAAACAACGCAAGGUAAAAUCAUUGGAAAUUUAUCAGAGGUAUUUAAAUGCAAAUAAGAAGGCUGAUUAUGAAAGAAAUUAUAAGCAAUAUUUAAGCAAGAACAAUACUCGGUUACAACGUCGUGAUAGUGUAUCUCAAGUGGAACCAAUUGUUAAGGAUGUAGCAGCAACCGCAGAGAUAAAGCAACAGCAACAGCAACAGCAACAACAACAACAACAACAUCAACAUCAACAUCAACAACAAGAUAAAGAAACAGUCUUAUUGGAUGCACAAAAGAAGAAAGCAUCUGCAACUCAUAUCACUCAUCGUCUACCAGUGGAGUUUAUGGACUGUCCCAUUGAUUUCCUAAUAGACCUUAUAUCACGCAUGCUACAAUCAUUAAUCACAUUGAAUGAUAAAUCUGUGCCCAAUUCUAUCUCAAACCCACCGUCUGCGGCAACAACUACAACAUCAUCCUCCUCGGCAACUACCAAUGGAGGCUCCCAAUCAUCCAAUAGUCUACUUACGCGAUAUCACUCGCGUACUCCACCAGCAAUAUCCACCUUGACAUAUUUAUCACGGUUGACAAAAUUCAACAAUUUCAACCCAGCAAUCUUGCUUACAACAAUAUACUAUAUCGAUCUCUUAUCGCAUCAAUACCAACCGUUUUUCACAUUAAACUCAUGGACAGUACACCGGUUCCUAUUAGUGGGCACCAUGAUUGCUCAGAAAUCGUUGGAGGAUUUCUUUUACACUAAUGAUCAUUAUGCCAAAGUUGGUGGUGUUGCACUUGGCGAGUUGAAUUGUUUGGAAUUGGAUUUUUUGAGUAGGGUGGAUUGGCGAUGCAUACCUGGUAAACAAGCUGUAAAUAAAAUUCUGGGUACUGUUUGUACUAAUAUUGGCGAGGCUAAAGAUGUGUUGAAUAUGUAUUAUUUCCAAUUGAUUGAUUUAAUGGGGAAGAAUAGUCACAGUGGUGGCCAAAUACAACGUGAUGAACAGCAAGGGCAGCAACCAGCUGUAUACUAUGUGAGAGCAGGAAGUAUAGGAGUGGGAGAAGAGAAUGCACUGAAGGAGGAUGGUAGUUCUGCAACUAGUGAAGUCCAGGAUGAUGACAUGCUGGAUGAUGAUGAUGAUGAUGAUGAAGAGGAAGGCGAAGGGGAAGAAGAGGACGAAAGUGACUACUAUGAUGAUGAUGAUGACGACGAUGACGAAGAUGAUGGCGGUGGUGACGGUGAUGACGACGAUGAAGAAGAAGGAAAUUCCAAUAAUAACACUAUGAUCCACCCCACUUCAGAUACCGAUUACAAAUUGCACCCCAAUCUGACACAAAUAUACGACAAGAAUGGAUUUGUCAUCAAUGGUUCAUCAUCACCCCAUUUGAAACGCAGGUAUAGUGGAAGCUAA